AUGUUCUCAUCUAUCAAGACGCUUGUGGCACAUAUUCGUCGAUCACAUCGGCAAAGUAAGUUACCCACCAAAGUGCAAUCUUAUUCGGAUACUCGUUUUAAUGGCGCCUUUAUCAUGCUUCAAUCAUUUUUGAAUGUAUUCUACGAACUUGGACAAGUUCUUGAACGUGAACAUUUGAUGGAAUAUGCGACCAUUGAUGAAGUAAUCGAAGAGCUCAGUUAUUCCAAACGACCCACAAUGCAUCGAGUGAUACCUCUUCGUCAACACCUUAUCGAUUGUUGCGAUCCACAUGUUGAUGAUCAAUCAGGGUUAGAAAAGCUGAAAAUCUAUCUCAAAGAUAAACUUCAAUCGAGUUGGCCUGUUGAGAAUGAACAUUUUUUGUGUACAGUGCUUCAUUCGAACUUAAAACGAUUUGGCGGUAAUCUUCAGUUGCAAAAGCAAGCUAUUGCUCUACUGGAAACAUCGAUUUCUGUCGCUGAUCGAGUAUGCACUGAUUCAGUCAUCGAUUCUUCAUCCCUCUCAUCAUCUUCCUCAACCUUCAUAUCUAAGCAAAGAAAUAUUCUCUCGAAAUGUGUUGAGCGAAAGACGUUUGUGACUACGCCUCACAAUGAAAUCAAACAGUGGAUGGAUAAUGAUGUGCAACUUGCUGAAGGCGAUGAUGACAUACUUGGGUUUUGGUCAAACUACGCCAAACGUUAUCCAACUAUUGCUGCUAUAGCUAUGAAGGUUUUAGCAAUCCCUGCUUCGAAUACAACAGUCGAACGCUUAUUUUCAUCGACGAAAAUUACAAUGACGGAUCGAAGAACGCGUCUGGGAGCACAAAAGGUGAGAUAUCUGAUAUUUCAAGAAUAUUCAACGACUUAUUGA